AUGACGACAGAUGGACAUUGGGCGAUCCGUUUAUUCGGCAGUAUUGCCAAGUGCAUGACUUCAAAAGGAAACGAGUGGGAUUGGCACCGGCAAGAAAGAUUGAUUAUUGAGAGGGGUGAAGGUUUGAAAAUUGAGCCCGUAGUGAGCGAAACACUUUGAUAUUAUACUAGAAAAGCGUUAAAAAAAAAGUGAAUUAGUGAUGUCGGAGUGAACGGACGUGGCAUACACCGUUCGAACCAUAAUUGAAUGAAAUUUCAGCAUGGCAAGUGUCAGCUUUUUUGGAGUCAAACUACGCCCGUAGUGAGCGAAACACUUUGAUAUUAUACUAGAAAAGUGUUUAGAAAAAAAGCGAGCGACAGCUCGAAAAAGCCUAUUGCACAGCGCAAAAAGCCAAAAAUUGCACAGUGCAAAGUGAAAUUUCGUUUUCGCGGAGUGCAUGUCGCCGAUUUCAGUCCGGCGACUUUCCGGACGGACGUGUACUAGUCCUUUCGCAAAGUCUCUGUAGUGAUUUUUGCUGAGUGAGAAAGCUUAAAUUUACUUCUUGCUUUUUGCACCGUGCAAUUGGCUUUAUUCGGCUGUCGCUUGCAGACUGACUUUUCUUGCAGAAUGCAUGUCGCAAAGGUCACUCCAGCGACUUUCGAAAACGGCGCUACUAUAGGUACUUUGGGGUGCCCCAAUUUGUCAUUGCAAUUUCUCAGUCAUGGGCGCAUUUAGCGUCUUUAAGAGGACACAGUUUUUAUGGCACUCCGCCCGUCCUAGACCUCAUAUCGGUUGAUUUUGUGUUGAUCCGGAAAGUCGGGACCAGUCAAAAAUGGUAUAGAUGUACGCUCUAUACUAUUGUUUAUAACCGUUAUUGAAUAUCAGCCUGUCGGGGGAAACGAAGCUCUGAGCGAUCAACUGAGGCCACUCAUCGGCCGGAUAUCACGGACCACGUCAAUCCAGCGCAUUUCCUGAACCGUUUCGAAGCUUCGUAUCGUUUUCAUUGAUUUAAAAGAGACACGAAAUGUCGCGAAAUUAUCGGCACUUUUUCCCGCCCGAAAUAAUUGUUUUUUUCUCGAAAAGGAAGAAGAAAGAUGAAAAAAUGCCUUUUAUAGGAUAGUUAUCAGUUUGUCGGGAAAAUAACGGCGGAUCGUCGCGCGUCGGAAUCGCCCGUCAUCGCUUUGCGACUGCAAGCCGCGGCUUGGAAUUUGGUGCGCGAUAGCGGCGAGGCGAGACAUUUUGCUGCGACAAUCCGCCGUUAUUUUCCCGACAGACUGGUACAUUUCAUCUUGAACGAAUCACCAAAAAGGGGCGGGAAAUUUUUUCUUCUAUUUUGGAUUGACGUGCGGACGUCCUACCGAAACCUGUCCCCGCACCUGAAAAGGCGGGGCAAAACACUAUUUUUGGAUGUUGAACAAAUAAGGUCAUUCAGUUCAAACUCUUUUUGGGAAUGUUCAAUGCCGCUACAUAUACUUAAAGUUCCGUGCUUUGGACCGAUUUUGUUUUAUAUGUUUGUCCAAUAUGACCUUCGUAGGGAUCAAUCUGAGUUUGUUGCUUAUUUACAUCUACACUACACACUAUGUAAAUUCAAAAUCUUUUAGUAUAGGAGUGUCCAAAGCAAAAGGUAAAUUUCUUUCGCAAAAUUCUCAAUUUCCACAGUCAACGCCUCAAGUGUGAUAUACGACGUGUACGGGCAAAAGUUAAACAAUCGCGAUGACAUACGAUAUUACGGGAAAAUAACGCUGGGGACUCCGCCGCAGGAGUGUAACGUUAUAGUUGACACUGGCUCUGAUGUCCUAUGGGUACCUAAACUUGGUUGUCAAUCUUACGGGCCUCUUGUUCGAAAAUGCCCGGAUGUUGACACGUACGAUCCAGCUGCCUCCUCAACGGCUGAAUUGACAAAGCAAUCGUUCAAUAUUCAUUACGGUAGAGGCUACGCGAAGGGAUAUUAUUACCUAGACAAUUUCGCUGUAAGAGACAACUUUCAUUAUGGUCCAGUUACUACAACUUUCAAUUCUAGUUUGGCCCUAAAAACGGCCCACAGCUCAAAUUCAAGGAGAAGGUUAAAUUUGGUGCUGGUGACAAGAUGCGUUAUGACGAUGACGGCGUCCUAGGGCUGUCUUUCUCGGAGUCUAAGCGGGGAGCCACAAAUAUUUUCGAGCAAGCAGUGAAAGAAGGCCUAAUGGACAAGCCCAUCUUUACUGUCUUCAUGUGGGAAUGUUUUGGUGCCGGCUAGAUACAUUUUACGUGUCAUUGGCUUAGAGGAGAGAUGUGACCUAAUGUUGCGUGAAAGCGACACUGGGUACUGGACUCUGGGUGAACCGUUCAUCAGAAAGUAUUGCCAAGUCCAUGAUCUGGCCAACAAACGGAUUGGUUUUGCACCAGUGAGAUUCUGACUACGACUCUUGCAUGCGCUAUUAAAUUUAUUUUCCAAAUAUUAAAAUAAAUUUAACUGUUAUUCGAAUGUCUCUUUGACGUAAAUCCAAUCCAACUUUAAUCAAGUUUCGGCUGUUUGCCCAGCUGAAAGAGCUGAAGAAGUCCGCGACGUUCAUUCCACACACAAAAAACUUUACAUCCGCCCUUAUUCCAGGUAUUCUAGGUCACUCGUCAAGCAUAUGACGAAAGAGUCUUGCAUAUUGAUUAUAAACUGCAUGCAUUUGUAGUUGGGAACCUCAUAGCUAUGUUGUGCACUUUGUAAGGAAUAUUUGUUUAGCAGUAUACAAGUGACUUCGUCUGACGCAAUAGCUGUUUGCAAAACUGUGAUCUGCAGGAAAUGUCUGCUAAUUGCGUUAGAGGAUAAUUAACUAAACUAAAAAAAUUUACGUAAAUUUUUCUUAUGACUUACAACAACGCGAGGAUUUGUUAAGACCACAAACAAAUUUCAAUUGAAGAAUAACUGUCCCGGCAAUGCCACAAUGAACAUUUAUUCACAUCUGACGUUGCUUUCUUGCACUCCAAGAAGGUCCACUGCCGCUGCUUUUGAUUGUUUUAUUAUGCUCCUAAAGUCUUUUUCCAACUGAGCAUCUGGGACUUUCCAGAUUCAUGACGAAAACCAUAUCACGACUAUCCUCGUACGCACCGCAAUCAUUUGAACAAACACGUCAAGUUUUGACAGUCAUCUUAAUAGUUGUAAACGUCCCUUUCAUUGUUUCCAGCUAAUUAAACAUGCCCAUUCCGAUUUCGGGGUUCAUGAUAUCGCAAGCCUUGUAGCUUCAGCUGCAGGGACGAAUCGUCAAAAAACUUGUAAAACAUAUUUAAGGAUAGGAAAGAGACAUGAAGGACACUUCCCCUUCGAGUAACCGUGAGCUCGACACGUCAAAAUGAGGUUGCCUAUAUUUGUACUGUUCCUAAUUUUCACGCAGGCUUCUGCGAUUUGGCCGUGGUCUUACAGUGAUCCAGGUAAACUUACAAACUUUCCUACCAUUGCUGUUGGUGAAAAACGUUUACGGAAAUGAACUGUAUUAUAGAUAUAUUAUUAAUACUUGUAUUAUAGAUCCGACAUCAUCAACUUCAACUACACCGACGACGCCAACCACUCCAACUACACCAACAACUCCAACGUCGGAGACCACUGAGACAACCACUCCGACAACGCCAACUACUCCAACCACCCCAACAAGCCAGACUACACCUACAACUCCCACGAGUCAAACUACUCCCACAACCCCCACAAGCCAAACUACCCCUACCACUCCAACGACCCCCACCACACCAAGUACCCCCUCGAGUCCCACGACACCCACUACUCCAACGACUCCUACAACUCCGACCACACCGUCAACCCCAACGAGCCAAACUACCCCUACCACACCAACUACUCCUACAACCCCAACCACACCCACAAGUCAAACAACGCCGACAACUCCAACGACUCCUACUACUCCAACGACUCCCACAACGCCAACUACCCCUUCGAGCCCAACCACCCCAACUACUCCAACGACCCCUACUACACCAAGUACUCCUUCGAGUCCUACCACACCGACUACACCAACAACACCGACUACUCCAACCACUCCUACAAGCCAAACUACCCCUACCACCCCAACUACUCCAAGUACCCCUUCGAGCCCAACCACACCGACAACACCAACCACUCCAACUACGCCGACUACUCCCACAACCCCUACGACUCCAACUAGUCAAACAACCCCAACGACUCCCACAACUCCCACGACACCGACUACACCCACAACACCAAGUACCCCGUCGAGCCCAACCACACCAACUACUCCAACAACGCCAACGACCCCUACUACACCAAGUACUCCUUCGAGUCCUACCACACCAACUACACCAACCACCCCAACUACUCCAACAACCCCUACUACUCCAAGUACUCCUUCGAGUCCUACCACACCAACUACACCAACAACCCCCACUACACCAAGUACGCCUUCGAGUCCUACCACACCAACGACUCCCACUACCCCAAGUACUCCUUCGAGCCCUACCACACCAACUACUCCAACAACGCCAACGACCCCCACUACGCCAAGUACUCCUUCGAGUCCUACCACACCAACUACACCAACGACUCCCACUACACCAAGUACUCCUUCGAGUCCUACCACACCAACUACUCCAACGACACCAACGACUCCCACUACCCCAAGUACUCCUUUGAGUCCUACCACACCAACUACUCCAACGACACCAACGACUCCCACUACCCCAAGUACUCCUUCGAGUCCUACCACACCAACUACUCCAACGACACCAACGACUCCCACUACCCCAAGUACUCCUUCGAGUCCUACCACACCAACUACUCCAACGACACCAACGACUCCCACUACCCCAAGUACUCCUUCGAGUCCUACCACACCAACUACACCAACAACCCCAACCACUCCAACAACCCCCACUACCCCAAGUACUCCUUCGAGUCCUACCACACCAACUACACCAACAACCCCAACCACUCCAACAACCCCCACUACCCCAAGUACUCCUUCGAGUCCUACCACACCAACUACACCAACAACCCCAACCACUCCAACAACCCCCACUACCCCAAGUACUCCUUCGAGUCCUACCACACCAACUACUCCAACAACCCCCACUACCCCAAGUACUCCUUCGAGUCCUACCACACCAACUACACCAACCACACCGACAACCCCAACAACUCCUUCUACCCCUACAACUCCAACCACGCCUACGACACCAACAACUCCGACCACCCCAACCACUCCAACAACUCCAACCACGCCCACAACACCAACCACUCCUUCUACCCCUACAACUCCAACUACCCCUACAACUCCAACCACACCCACAACACCAACCACUCCUUCUACGCCUACAACUCCAACCACACCCACAACACCAACCACUCCUUCUACGCCUACAACUCCAACUACCCCUACAACUCCAACCACACCCACAACACCAACCACUCCUUCUACGCCUACAACUCCAACUACCCCUACAACUCCAACCACACCCACAACACCAACCACUCCAUCUACACCUACAACUCCAACUACCCCUACAACUCCUACAACUCCAACCACACCUACAACUCCGACCACACCUACAACUCCUACAACCCCAACCACUCCUACAACUCCGACAACUCCCACCACACCUACAACUCCGACCACACCUACAACUCCUACAACCCCAACCACUCCUACAACUCCGACAACUCCCACUACUCCAACCACUCCUACAACUCCUACUACCCCAACCACUCCUACGACUCCAACAACUCCUACUACUCCUACUACCCCGACUCCUGCAACUUCUUGUAAGUUACUGAUAGUUUAACAUUACGCUAGACAUUCUUCAGCGUGCACUGA